AUGAGGCAGUAUCUCUGGGCAUUCGCCCCUCUCCUAACACUCCUUUCCACCCUCGCCUCGGCAUCAAACUCGAUCAACGUGCUCAAAGAACCAAUCCAAGUGUCCGCCCUGCUCAAACCAUCUUACAACCCCAUCGACAACCAAAUUUGCCACUACAAUGGAAUCCGAUACACCUCCUGUUCCCAGGCCACCGACCUGGUCCCCUUAACAACCGCCCAGCGGUCGGCUCUUUCGCAACUUCUCCAAAGUUGUGUCAGCUCUGCUGGUGAGAUGCAAAUCGUUCUGUAUGCAAUGUCGGCUGAUUUAGUUGGCAAUGUCCAUAACCCUCAACCCGAUUGUUUUGCUGGAACGGAUUGUGGUGCUUCCCGCAUCGAUCCCAGUUCGGUUUCGAAGUACUUUGAACAGUCGCAGGGAAAGAAAGCAGGAUUGAAUGCCAAGAAAAGCGAUAUUGAUCCUACUUUACUCGGCAAAGCUGUUCAGAAGAAACUGCACGUGCCACCUGUGACAGAGAGUGAGGAAGAGUGCUAUAGAAACUGGUUCAAGCAGAAGGGGAUGGGUGAGGAUCAGGUCAAUCUCGUCUUAAAUGAAUUGUGGGUAGGUCAUGUGGGUAGAGCGAUGGAUAGGGUGAAACAGCAAUUGAAGAUCGUACAUGGCACUGGUUGUUCGCCUCUUGCUGACGGCGGAAAGACCAAGGCGGGGGAUGAGUUGGAGAAGGAGAAGGCUGGAGUGAAAAAAAGAGAGACGCAAAAGAAUAGGGAAGAACUGAAGUGGUUGGACGACGAUAUGAAAGUCUAUCAUCCUGUUCAUGGGACUCAUUUGGAUGAACCUUGGUUGAGGUACCGAGAGGUGCCUCAGCACGAGAGAUUCGUUGGUGAAUAUGGCAGUAGGAAGCGUAGUAUCGGUGGAGGAUAUUUGGUUACGCAUCGUCAUCGUACGCGUGAUGGUCAGCAGCAGCCGGGUGGUCAGAAACACCAAGGCGGCUUGCUCCCCACAGGCGCCGACGCAUCCUCCUACUACAACGGUAUGCCCUCUACCCCCAUUCCUUCUUCCUCAUCCCCCGAUCUCUAUUCCUCCUAUGGCUCUGGUUCUGGUUCUGGUUCUGGUUCUGGUUCUGGUUCUGGUUCUGGUUCUGGUUCUGGCUCUGGCUCCGGCACAGCUCUUACCUCCAGACCUCACGGCUUCGCAGCCUCAGCCACCGGUGGAGGCUCGGCUCCCCCCGUGAUCCCCAAAUCCCCUUCGGAACUAUUCAAGCUGCUAACCGAUCCGCAACCGCGCGUAAUCCAUCUCGACCGAACGUACGACUUCCGCACCACCGCCGGCGUUUGCACCAACUGUGCAGGCUGCAUCCCUGAUUCAUACGCCAAGUGUCCCUCCAAAGGUCAAUUGGCCAUCGACAACGGCCAAGGAUGGUGCAAAGAUAAACCCUUCCAUGCUGUUACAUACGACAAGGCCGGGUUGACGCCGAUUAGAAUGGGUCCGAACAAAUCUGUUAUUGGUAUUACCGCCAAUGCUGGCAUUAGGGGAAAGGGGCUGCUUAUUGCGCAUCAGAAGAAUGUCAUUCUGCAGGGGUUCGCAAUCGAACUAAUCAACCCGGAGUUUAUCUGGGGAGGAGAUGGAGUGACGAUUAGGGAUAGCGAUUUGGUCUGGAUCGAUAGGAUUACGUUUAGGCUGAUCGGAAGGCAGUUUAUUGUGACCGGAUAUGAUAGCGCCGGUAGGGUUACUAUCUCGAACUGCUUCUUUGACUGCCAAACCAAAUGGUCUGCCACCUGCGACGACAGCCAUUACUGGACCGUCCUCGGCUACGGCAAAAGCGACAGAGUGACCUUCUCAGGAAACAUCAUGAAGCACUGUUCCGGACGCUCACCGCGAAUCGCCAACCCAGACAACCAAGGUGGAGAUUCAGUGUGGCACGUCGUCAACUCGGCCUUCGAAGGAAGCACUGGUCACUCCUUCGAUCUCGGUCCUGGCAUCUCGGCCCUCAUUGAAGGAAACGUGUUUAACGAUGUAGCGCAGACUAGUCUGCACGAAUCUUCUCCGGGUCGAGCAUUCGCUCCUAGCGAUAAAGCUGUCUGUUCGCAAUGCAAGGCGAUGCUCGGUAGAGAUUGUCAACCGAACGCCUAUAUUAGGGCCAAUCCAAUUCCAAGUACGUCUAGCGCUGGCGUGGUGCUGAAGGAUGUGGUGGGCGAGAAGAUGGUGAAGGCGUUGACGCCAGAUCAGGUCAAGGAGCAGAUUGCGUCUACGGCCGGCUGUAAUGGUGCUACGAAAGCAGUCGCGACUGCCGAAGUGGGAGGGGAUCAGCAUGAGGAUUACGGUGCUCGGGGUGGUACUGGAGCUGAAGCUAGUGGUGAUGCCAGUGCCGUUGGUGCUACAACUCCUUACAUUGCUGAUCAGCAAGCCUCUCACAACGGUUCGCCUGAGCCGCAACAUGCCGGCGGAAACCCUUGGGCACCAGGCUCUCACCCGCAAAGCUAUGGUCAACCCGAUGCACAACAGCAGAAGCAAGCGCAGGAAGAGCAGAAAAAGCAAGCCGAACAGCAGCAGAAGGAACAGCAGAAGCAGCAAAAGAAGCAAGCUGAAGAACAGAAGCAGCAGCACAAGCAAGAGGAAGAGGAGAAGAAAAAACAGCAACAACAGCAGCAGCAGCAGCAGCAGGGCCAGCAGCAUUGA